UUGGCGUAUAUAAGGGGGGGGAGAAGGGCGUGGCGCUCUCUCUCUAGCACAACAUGUCUUCCCCCGCCCCCACCUAUGCCAGAAUCCGCUCUCUGUCCCACUGGGCCACCUUCUUCAACCAGCCCGACGGCCUCUUUCGACUUCCCUCCACCCAGGGCGCAGCCAUACAGCAUCUGGAAAUAGAUCUCCGCUUCGUCGCAGACCACCAGGUGGAAACCGUGGACCCCAACCUGCAAGCAGACACCCCCAUCCACCUCCCCAACGUCUGUAUCCUCACUUUCAGAGGCGGAGAGUACGUUCAGGAGGAUGAUCUACGCAUGGAUGCCUUGGCUGAGGUCCUGCUUGCGAUCAACCCGGUUGAAGUGAGGUGGCUCAACGCCACGGAAGAUCCUUCGGAGCAGCUCAGCUUUGCCACUCACCUUGUCCACCCAGCUGUAAUUGCCGCCGGUGAAAAGUGGUCUGCCGCGGGAACUUUGAGAAAACUUGUCAUUCAAGGCGGGUUCCCCUGUCCAAAUCUGACUGCGCCCACCCCCUUCGCACUCACCCCUGCAGCUACACCAUGCCCGUCCCCUGGUCCGGCCCGUACAACCUUUGGUCUCCAGGACGCCUCAUCUAAGCAUCACCCAGCUCCUUUUGUAUCUGGUCUUUCUGCACUGAGCACCAUCAAACCAAAAACAGUUGACGAGGAUCGGCUCAAAGGGAGAGAGGAAAGGAAGAGGCAAGCGGAAUAUACUUUGAAACCGAGGUUCGAAUAUGCAUUCGGAAAGUGGUCUGUGCAAGAGCUCAAGUGGAGGCUUGACGGUCGCUACACGGCCGCUUGUGUUAUUUCCAUCAUUACCCACUUCAUCAAAGCCAUUAGCUCGUCUUUCCCUUCUGCCACCCGUCAUUUUCUUGUCGAUCUUCCAGCUGCCGUCUCCUUCACUUCGAUUCCGGCUGCUGUCAUUCCCGAUCUUCAAUCUCUACCUGAGAAGCUUGAACUUGACAUAAGGGUUCGCGAUUGGCUUUCUGAUGUUGGCUUCGGCUCUCUCGGAGACGCACGCCAUGCUCGCCUUUGGGACCUCCCUGCGCCUGAUGAUGAAAAUGAUCACCGUAAUGGCCUGCGAACCAAGGCUGAAAUGAUCCUCUUAAGGGAUGGCGCGACCAUUGUUACUCUGGAAGAGCUUACCCAGAUCGUAAAAGAUUCCUCGAACGAAAAGGGACGAGGUGAUCGAUCGGCGAUGUCGCCUGCCGAUUCGAUUGCUUCUCUUCUUUCGGGCGUUACCGAGUCACCAACGGAAGAUGAGAACGAAGCUGUCACCCCUCAUUCCACUGGCAGUCCAUUUGCAAACCCUACCGACAAAACUGACAAAAAGAUGGCUGGUGAUAAUGACAGCGUCAGACCGAUCGAGACUUCGGUGGUACUUUGAGAUCCGAGAUGAUAAAGGAUCGUCCAUCAGUUUAUGUACAUGGUAAAUAUUCAAGAUUCUUUUCAUUCAUUCAUGCGUUCGUUAGUUCUUUUCCUUCACCGCCUAGCAUGUCGACGUCCAACGCAGCUGUCUAUAUUUUAUUAAUCGUUAAAAAACGGAAUGCAUGUACAUGUCAAAGGAC